CAAAACAUCAUCAACUAGUUAGUUUCUCAAUCCACACACAUACACAAGAACAAGAACAAGGCAUUGAGAAUUCUUAGUAUUCUAACAUUGGAAGUAAUGGCAAGAUCUUCUUUGAGCUUAGUUAUUAUGGUUCUUGUUGUGGGGGCCACAAUGUGGAACCAAGAAGCAAAAGCUCAAUCAUCAUCAUCAUCAUCAAGUUGCACAAGCACAUUAACUAGCUUGAGUCCUUGCUUGAACUACAUAAUGGGAAGCUCAUCAACACCAUCAUCUUCAUGUUGCUCUCAACUCUCAAGUGUGGUUAAAUCUUCCCCACAGUGCUUAUGCUCUGUCCUUAAUGGUGGAGGUUCCAAUUUGGGAAUCCCCAUUAACCAAACUCUUGCUUUGUCUCUUCCUAGUGCUUGCAAAGUUCAAACUCCACCAGUAAGCCAAUGCAAAGGUGUUAAUGGAGGAGCAUCUUCGGGUUCUCCGGUGGGAUCUCCAUUUGGUUCCCCAGCGGAAUCUCCAGCUGAUUCACCUGAAGGUUCAGUUGCACCUUCAGAUUCAGGUUCAGAUUCUCCCUCAGUUGCAGGAUCUAAGAGAGUUCCAGGAACAAAUGGUGGGUCAUCUGAUGGAAGCAACAUUAAAUUCCCCUCCCACUUUUUGCUCUCUCUUCUUGUAAUUGUUUCUUGUUUCUCUUCCAUCACCAACCUCUGAUUUUUGAGUCUUGUCUGCAGAGACUUGAGAGACUUGAGUGCUGAGGUUUUUUAAUGAUGUUUUGCCUUUUGUUGUGUCACUUCAUAUCUGUGUAGUUUGUCUAAAUAAUGAGUUUAAUUUUAUAUAUUAUUCAGGAUUGAUUAUGUCAUAGAAA